CAUAACAUGGAGACCACAGCGGCAACGGUGGACAGCGGUUCCAUAACUUUUUUUUUUUUUAACAGCAAACAUCUUUUAUUCAGUGCUGUUUUUAGAACUUGAACUCAAGACAUCCCUGUUUAAAGCUUUUGUAUUUGUCAAUGGACCACCACCCCAUUGGUAGCGGUUCCAUAACUAAAAGUUCCAGAUGGUCUCUAGCUGGAAUGACUGCUCUAGUAACCGGGGGUACACGUGGUAUCGGCUACGCCGUGGUGGAGGAACUGGUAGAGUUAGGCGCGGUUGUACACACUUGCUCUCGCAAUGAAGCCGAACUUAAUCAACGCUUACAGGAAUGGUCCGCCAAAGGGUACGCCGUCGCAGGAUCCGUCUGCGAUGCAUCUUCUCAUACGCAACGCCAACAACUUCUAGAAAAAGUUUCCUCUAUUUUCAAUGGAAAGCUCAACAUUUUAAUAAACAAUGUUGGGACAAACAUAAAGAAACCAACUAUGGAGUACACAGCUGAAGAAUAUUCCAUGAUCAUGUCUACCAAUUUGGAAUCUUCUUACCAUAUAUGUCAACUCGCACAUCCUCUUCUAAAGGCUUCCACUCUUGCGAGCAUCGUCUUCAUUUCCUCGGUUGCAGGUCUUAUUCACAUGUCUUCUGGGUCUAUAUACGGAGCCACUAAAGGUGCGAUGAAUCAGCUUGCAAAGAAUUUAGCUUGUGAAUGGGCGAACGACAAUAUUCGGGUUAAUAGUGUAGCACCGUGGUAUAUCAAAACCUCGCUUGUCGAACAUGUGCUCAGUGAUAAACACUUUUUGGAUAAAGUGGCGUCCAGAACACCGCUGAAGCGACCUGGAGAAGCAAAUGAAGUUUCAUCAAUGGUUGCAUUCCUUUGCCUACCGGCUGCCUCUUACAUCACGGGUCAAACAAUUGCCGUUGAUGGAGGUUUUUCGGUUAACGGCUUUCCAUGAGUAAUUGCAACUUCAAGUUUCCCUGCUUACUUUUGUGUUUGUGUGGACUGCCUUUGUUAAUCAUGUUUUCUUGUGUAAGAUCAUAAUGAAUGUUUCUGGCAUAAGAAUUGUGUGUCCUUGUUUGAAUU